UUUCGUAAACCUUGGUUCCGUCCAUCCUCGCCGGCUCCGCGCGGCCUCCAUUCGCGCUGCCGGCGUCGCAUGUGGGCCAGUUUUCGGUGAAACAUGCCAGUUCCUGCGGGAUAUGGAGCCCAAGGGCCCAGCUGCUUUGACAGGAUGAAGAUGGGAUUUGGAAUUGGAUUCUGCGUCGGCAUGGCAAGCGGAGCUAUUUUUGGAGGCUUUUCUGCACUGAGGUACGGGCUUCGUGGCCGGGAGCUGAUCAACAAUGUGGGCAAAGUGAUGCUCCAAGGUGGCGGUACCUUCGGCACGUUCAUGGCAAUAGGCACGGGAAUCCGGUGCUGAAGGGUCUCGUCUACAUGUGUGUAUUUCACCAGAAUGAUUGCUGAGUCUGAUCAUUAUUUUGGAGUCGUGUUAUGGAGUGCAAUGUACGCAAACGUCAAGUUGUGGAAUUUAUAGUAUAACCCCGUGUAAAAUAAAGGCUUUGGGAGAAAACACUGACCUGUUUUUGAAAUUUGUCCUCACGAGUCUGGAAGUAUAUUGGACCGCCUGCAUCGAACGGACAUUUAUCGGAACAUUUGAUGCGCCCCGUGCGGUUUCGAAGGCACAUUCUAAACAAUUCAGCCCGCUGAGUCUGAUCAUUAUUUUGGAGUCGUGUUAUGGAGUGCAAUGUACGCAAACGUCAAGUUGUGGAAUUUAUAGUAUAACCCCGUGUAAAAUAAAGGCUUUGGGAGAAAACACU